AUGAUAAAUCUGGUAAAAGCAGCCUUGGCAAACACUCGCCUUCGACUUUCGAAACUCCUUGUGCCAAUCUCGCAGCUGCCGUCGUCGUGGCCUGGUAGCCCUCCUCAUUUCACAGAAGAACCAAACUAUUACACUCGUGGAGGUUUUCACCCUAUUUCGCUUGGUGAUACCUUUAAUUCCGAGCGAUACACUAUCCUGAGAAAAUUGGGCUACGGUCAAUACUCUACCGUUUGGCUUGCCAGAGAUUCCAAAUGCCAACGAUAUGUCGCGCUAAAAAUGCUGAGGGCAGAUUGCUACGGCGGCUCUCAUGAUAUUUUUGAGCGGGAAAUUCUCUCAAGGAUCUUGGAAGUGUCUAGGAGUAGUUUUCAUGAAGGUCGCAAUUACGUAUCGCAUCCCCUUGGACAGUUCAAUCAUAGUGGGCCAAAUGGAGAACACGUUUGCCUUGUUUUUGAUGUACUAGGGCAUCACCUCGGUUUCCAGGCCGCCAAGCAUGAGGACGGAAAGUUACCCAUAAAGGCAGUGAAGCAAAUUACGAGGCAACUUCUCCUGGGGCUGGACUUUCUUCACAGAGAGUGCGGAAUCAUUCAUACAGAUCUUAAGCCAACGAACAUACUCUUGGAAUUAAAAUCCCCCAACGACACUAUUUCCAAGUAUCUCGACUCCAUCUCGCCACGGACAACAGAUCGCCAAAAUGGAGUCGCAGUCCCGCUUCGAGAAGCCAUCACAACACCCCUUCUCUCCGAAAUGGCGUCGCCUCACGUCAGGAUUAUUGAUUUUGGCGUUGCUUCUUGGAGAGAGAACCAUCUGUCGGAUUCAAUACAGUCGCCCGCGCUGAGAGCGCCGGAAGUAACUCUCGGCGCUCAUUGGGAUACUGGCGUCGAUAUAUGGAGCCUCGGAUGCCUUGUUGUGGAGUUCGUUCAAGGUAUCGUGCUCUUCUCUGGCAAAGCGUCAGAAAGGGGGACGUGGACCGCCGAAGAUGACCAUUUAGCCAGAAUUGCUGAAGUCCUCGGCCCGGUUCCAUCUAGUCUGCUUAAUAGGGGGCGUCUCUCAUCAAAGUUUUUCGACGAGCAAGGAAAGCUUAUUCGAAUUAGCGAUUUAAACCCAACGAGUCUUGAGCGCUUGCUUAACGGCAAAGUGAAGCCGUUCCUGAAACCCCGUGAUAUGCCAGAAGCUGAAAUUACUACCUUUAUCGAUUUCAUCAAGGGCAUGCUGGAAAUCGACCCGAUGUCGCGAAAGUCUGCAGCAGAACUGUUACAACACGAGUGGAUUCGCUUGUCAUAG